GAGUUGAGAAGGAGAAGAGGACAUGAAAAAUACUGCAAUGAAGUUUGUUUUUCUUGUCAUUGCUCUCUUAAUUUUUACAACUGGUCGGGAGAUGAGAGUUGUAGAAGGAAGGGGGCCCGUAAUCUCAUUGAGAUGCGGUACCGUGAGUGAUUGUGGCAAUGAUUGUGAUGAAAUAACAGGUUGCGAUUGGUGUGAAUGCAUACAAAACCGAUGUACGUGUAUGGAUAAUCCUCCAUCUUCUCGAACUAAUGGUGUCUAUGAUCCUCUGUUGUCCUGAAUCAUAGAAAUAUAUCAUAAUCAGUUUGUAGAAUAAAGGGAGAGUAAAGACCAAUCUUUUUUGUUGUUUCAUCUUCCUUUGAGUAUAAUAGUUGAUAGAGCCACUACUCUAAACGUUUUCUUCAAUCCCUAAAUUUUCAUCUUUGUUGACGCCAAUACUGUGAGAGAUUGCAAUUUGCAGAGGUUCCUCAACCAUGGUGACAAAGCUGAAACGUAUCGGAGAAAUCAGUCUACCGCUAAAGGCCUUAUGGGUUGUUUUGUUGUCUUGUUGUGGUUGAUUUUCUGCUUAAUUAACUUCUGUGGUUGAUAAUGAUAUUGGACCUGUCGAUUGUGG